AUGUUAAUAAAGUUUGAAUAUAAAUUCAGCACACCUUUAUCUUUAAAUAACAAGAAUCUCUCCUUUUCUUCCUCUUUAUCCCCUACACCUGCUCCGCUGCUUGUAUGUGUUUUCUUGUCCCACACUCAUAUGGCAGAAAAAGAAGUCUCUGAGUGGAAGACAAUGUAUGGAAGCCACGCCCUUGACGAGUUUAUUGUUAAUGAGCCGCAUCUCUUCUUUCUGCCUCAAGAACAUCUUCGGCUCAUGCCAAAGGAAAAUUCCAUCAUCAACAAGUUAGUCUCAUCAAAGUAUGACUCCAGUCCAAGACUCCAAGAUUUUACCAACGCUCUAGCCAUGGUUGAACCCCUAACCCACUCAGUCCGACAGAUCUCCGAAUCAACGGUCCCAAUAUUGGGAAGGUGUACUUUGAGGAAGGUGGAUAGGUAUACAUUAAAGGUGAAGAACAACUCUAAUGGAAUGAGUGAUGAUGGAUACAAAUGGAGAAAGUAUGGUCAGAAAUCCAUAAAAAAUAGUCCCAAUCCAAGGAGUUAUUUCAAGUGCACAAACUCAAUAUGCAAUGCAAAGAAACAAGUGGAGAGAUCAAUUGAUGACCCUAACACAUAUAUCAUCACCUACGAGGGUUUCCAUUUGCACUUCACCUAUCCUUUCUUCUUAUCCAAUAGCACACAUAGAUCCAAUAAAAAACCCAAAAUACAUAAUGAUGCUCAAUUUAAAGCCCAUUUUGAAAUCAAUCCAAAAUCUCAAACCCAAGAAAAAAACAAACAAACCAAACUAGUCAAACAAGACUACCAAAAUUGUAUGCCCUAUGCAGCCGAUGGAAGCACACCCGCAAACCUGGAAGAUGGAUUCUUUCCCCCACUUAUUCAGGGCCGGCAGCAACAAGGGCUUCUUGAAGAUGUGGUGGCUCCGGCAAUAAAAAAUAUUCCGACAAAUGAUGGUGUUUUGGCAGCUUCUCGGUCUUCAUUACCGUCUUACAGUUCCUCAACAUGCUCUUUUUCUCGGACCGAUUCACCACCCCUUUAUCCAUCUUUCUUUAAGUUGGACUCCCUGUUUCUUAACAUCGGAUUUAGUGGUGAAAUAGUUCAAUCGGAUCUUGUAAACUUCAAGCAUUUAUGAUAUUUGUAUUAAAUAUAUGUUUUUAUGUAUCGGUAAACUGUUGUUUUUUGCUUUAGUCUUUCCGGAUCAAAAUAAGAUGUUCUUUGGGACAGUUGGCAAACUAGUU